AUGGACCCAACACUCCUCGUCCUCGCCUCCGCCGUCGUGCUGGUGCCCAUCCUCUACAUGUACACCGUCGGCGUCGUGCAGACGCGGUUCCCCACGCUGCAGAACAAGCGCAUCUGCCUGCUCAUCGCGCACCCGGACGACGAGGCCAUGUUCUUUGCGCCCACCGUCCUGGCUCUGACGCGCCCGGAGACGGGCAACCACGUCAAGAUUCUGUGCCUCAGCUCCGGCAACGCAGAAGGUCUCGGUGAGACGAGAAAAAAGGAGCUCGUCAAGAGCGGCAUGACCCUUGGUCUCCGCGACGAGGAAGACGUCUUUGUCGUCGAUAACCCCGCCGACUUUCCCGACUCCAUGACCGCGACCUGGGACGAGUCCAAGAUUGCCGGCCUCUUAAUGUCGGCCUUUGCCCCCAACCUCGCCAAGCAAAAGCCCACCGAGCAGCCCGUCGCCAACAUUGACGUGCUCAUCACCUUUGACGCGCACGGCGUCUCCUCGCACCCCAACCACAUCUCCCUCUACCACGGCGCGCGCCGCUUCCUCGCCUCGCUGCUGCGCGGCCGCGCCGGCUGGACCAGCCCCGUCGACCUCUACACGCUGCGCUCCGUGCACCUCGUCCGCAAGUUCACCUCGGUCCUCGACGUCAUCCCCACGCUGGCCUCCUGGGCGACGACGGCCAAGGGCGCCGACGCGGCGCACCCCGCCGGCCUGGUGUUUCUGACGCCGCUAAUGGGGGAUGGUGCGCUGGCGACGGCGUGGAGCGCCAUGACGGCCGCGCACAAGAGCCAGAUGCUCGAAAAGGUCAAGGCGUGA